AUUUGAAUGCUGCACUGAGGUAGUCUGGGUGUUGUGAGGUGAAGCCGGUGGGCGGCGGCGGGCCCACUCUGAGGAGCGCGCGGACCCAAAGCAAGUCUGAGGAGCAUUUAUUUGUCAAGCAGCUGGACUGCGAAAAAGGUUUUCUUCAAAAAUGGAUGGGAUGUCUUCAGAGACUAAUGAAGAGAAUGACAAUAUGGAGAGACCUGUUAGAAGACGACAUUCCUCUAUUUUGAAACCCCCAAGGAGUCCUCUUCAGGACCUCAGAGGUGGGAAUGAAGCAGUUCAGGAAUCUAAUGCUUUGAGAAAUAAGAAAAGCUCUCGUCGAGUCAGCUUUGCAGAUACCAUAAAAGUAUUCCAGACAGAGUCUCAUAUGAAAAUAGUAAGAAAGUCAGAAAUUGCAGAAACAGAAGCGGGAGAAAAUGUUCUAUAUAUACAGAAUAAGAAGCCAGAAGAAACCUGUGAGAUUACUGGGAUGAACACAUUGCUUUCUGCUCCUAUUCAGACUCAGAUGCAACAGAGAGAGAUUUCAAUUACAGAACACAACCAUGAAAUGAAACCUGCAAAUGACCAAACAGUCAUCUUUUCAGAUGAAAACCAGAUGGACCUAACAGCAAGUCACACUGUAAUGAUUACCAAAGACCUGUUAGAUUGUACUAAAAGUGAAAAGUCCAUUAAGAUAGAUACCGCAUCAUUUCUGGCUAACUUAAAGCUCCAUACUAAGGAUUCAAGAAUGAAAAAAGAAUUAAAUUUUUCCAUGGAUCAAAGCACUUCUUCAGAAAAGAAAAUACAUUUUAAUGACUUCAUAAAAAGAUUGAAAACAGGAAAAUCUAAUGCUUUUCCUACAGGACCUGAUAAAGAAAAUUUUGAAAUAUCUGUUCAUCCCAUAAAAACAAAGAAGGCCUCUUCUGUACAUCAAAUGCAUGUAUCUCUUAGGGUAGAUGAAAAUAGUAGUAAUACAACUAGAAUCUUCGGAGAACAAAAUGAUGGGAUGAAUUUCACUCAGUGUCAUACAGCCAAUAUUCAGACUUUGGUUCCCACAUCCAGUAAGGCCAGCAUAAGGGAAUUUAAAGGUGAUGAUAUUACAAUUUAUGGCAGUGAUUUUAUGGACUUGACAACUAACCACACUAUACAGAAUUUAACCUCAGCAGAUAAUUCAUCUAAUAAAGAAAAUCAAACUCAGAAUGUCAUGAUGGAGGCUAUGACAGAUUAUGGAACUAAAGCUCCAGGAGGGAAGACAAUCUUUAAUAAACUGAAUAUUCCUUUUCAAACCCCUUUAAACCCUAAUGGUGAAAUACAUAUUACCAAAAGUCAUAUUACAGGGACAGAAACUCACACAAGCACACAGACUUCUAACCAAGAUGCCAGAACAUUGACUAUAAUCCCAGAAUCUAUAUGUUCCAGCCCAGCUACUCAAGAUUAUAAGACAUUUUUCUAUUCUAGCAGUAAUAAUCCCAUGGAACUGACCACAUGUCUCUCGGGUAUGAGAAAAGAGAAGAAUUUGCUGAAGAAUGAUAAUUAUUCUAAAAUGUAUCCCAAUCCAGAUGCCAUCUCUCUUCUUACAGAGAAAACUAUUUAUUCAGGAGAGGAUAGCAUGGACAUUACAAGGAGUCAUACAGUUGCAAUAGAUAAUCAGAUUUUUAAACAAGAUCAGACAAAUAUACAGAAAGCAGACACAUCAAUAUCUGAAAAAGAAAUAAUGCUCCAAAAUCUCAUAACCAUGUCAAAGGAUGGGAAAAUGAAUAUAAAUUGUAGCUCAGUUCCUCAUAUAUCUAAGGGAAGAUUACAGCAGAGCCUGGCAAACUCUUUAUCUAUUUCAUUGACUGACAAAAAGACUGAAAUCUUCACAGGUGAAGAUAUGGAUUUGACUGAAAGUCACACAACUAACUUAGGAAGUCAAACUCCACUUACAUCUUACAAUGUAACAUCUGAGAAUACCAGUAAAUUUCUCUCUCACAGCAAAAGCCCUUCAGAUGAAUGGCAAGAAAUGACCAAAAGUCGUAUUGAACCAUCCCAGCAGCCAGACAUAAUAUCUAAAAACAUCCCAAUGGACACCUGGGACAAAGAAAAAGUUCAAGUUUUAAAGAUUGCACCUUAUGUUGAUAAAGAUUCUCCUCAAUCAGCUGAUAUUAAUCAAGACAUAGCAAUAAGCCAUAGUAUAGUAUACUCUGAUAGAAGUCUUGAGAAACAAGUAGCACUAGGAAAUAAUAGAAAUACUGUUCCAUGUGAGCAAUCUUUGUUUCCUACUACAGAGUCAUUAUUUUCAUUAGAAGGACAGUCUAACAUGAAAAAUCAUAAUAUUGCUAUUAACAGUUACACAAUGAAAUCUGUGCCAGGCCAGAAUUCUAAACUGCCUGAGUCACUGAGGAAGGGUGUAGGCAAUCCAACACCUGACUAUUCUCAUGACAAAACAAUUAUUUGUUCAGAGGAGGAACAAAAUAUGGAUCUAACCAAGAGUCACACUGUUGUCAUUGGAUUUAGUUCUUCUGAAAUACAAGAAUUGGGUAAGACUAAUCUAGAAAAUACUAACAGUCUGCUAACAACAGCAAACAGACAGACAGCUAUAAAAGUUGAAAAAUGUUGUAAAAGUCCUAUAGAAAAAACAGGAAUAUCUGUUUCUAAGGAUAACCUAGAUGUGAUAGAGGACAAAAGCAUACAGAAACUUGGAUUUUUGAAUGAAAAGCAAGAUGUCAAAAUUUGUGGAAGAAAAAGUGUUGGCAGACAAAAAGUUGAUAAGACUAUUGUAUUUUCAGAGGGUGAUGAGAAUGAUAUGGAUAUCACCAAGAUUUUUACAGUGGAAAUAAAUCAUAAACCUUUAUUACUUGAACAAGAUUCCCAUUUGGCAGGAACUUCUAAAACUGUUUUGUAUGAAUGUGGGCAAGAUGACGUGGAGAUCACUAAAAGUCACACAACUGCCUUGGAAUGUAUAACUGUCUCACCAGAUAAAAUAACCAGUAGGCCUAUGGACAAAACUGUAAUGUUUGUAGAUAAUUACAAUGAACUAGAAAUGACAAAGUCUCACACUUUUUUCAUUGACUACCAAGCAAAGGAGAGGACUGUGAGUAUAGACAAACUUGACUCAGAACUAUCCAAAAGAAGAAAAAGCAUAGAAAAGCCAAAAAUGACACCUGCUUCUGCUGAGGAAAGUGUUUCCUUUCUGGAGAAUGGUGAAAGUGACCAUUCAGCAGCAAACGUCAAUAAGCUAACACUACUGAGGGAAUGGUCUAAUAAUGGUCCUAUAGAGAAAGCAGUAGGAUUUAUAGCUGGUGAUAACAUGGAAGUAUCUAAAUUCACCAUUUGGAAAAAUGGCAAAGAUGUACAAAAGCCUGAAUUUCUGAAUGACACUAUAUCAGACAAAAGUCAGAGAAGGAAAAGCCUUAGACUCAAAAAUGACAAGACUGCUGCAUUUUCUAAAAAUGAUGAUGAUAUGGAUAUCACCCAGAGUUGUACAGUGAAAAUAAACUAUAAAAGUGCCCCAGAAGAUAGAGAGGAUUCCCAUUUGGUGCCUUUGACAGGAGCUUCUAAAACUGUUUUGUAUUCAUGUGGGCAGGAUGACAUGGAGAUGACUAGAAGUCAUACGACUGCGUUAGAAUGUAAAACUGUCUCACCGGAUAAAAUAACUACUAGGCCCAUAGAUAAAACUGUAAUGUUUGUUGAUAAUCAUGGUGAUCUGGAAGUCACCGAGUCCCAUACUGUUUUCAUUGAUUGUCAAGACACAGAGAAAAUUAAUCAAGAGUGCCCUAAAUUUGGAAUAGCUACAGGAAAACCCUUGGGUAUUUCUUUUCAUAAUGAUGGUAGCUCUGUUCAAGAAAUCACUGAAAAACAAGCAUUGGCAGUAGACCAGACCUAUAUACCAGAAAAAGCCAGAAUUGGAAGCUGUCAGUUAAAUAGUACAGAUAGAAGAAACAUGGACUUUACUAACAGUCAAGCAACUGCUACGUGUGGAUCCAGUGAUAAUUAUUCCUGUUUACCAAAUGCUAUUUCCUGUUUUGAUAAUUUGGAGGGGAAUGUCAUGUCCUUAGGUGAUAAAGAUAAGAAAGCCAGUAACUGCCCAGUGCAAAAUGAUCUUUCUUAUGUAAAGGAUUUAGCCAAUGAAUAUUACUUGAAACCUGAGGGACUGCCUCCCUCUGCUUGUUCUUUGUUAAAGAAAGAAAAAGUAACUCAAACCAAUAGCAAUGGACAGUUAGACUGUGUUACAACAGUGCUUAAAAAUCAAGAUAUGAUUAAGGAGUCCCAGAAUCUAAUAGCUAAUCAAACUUUACAAGAUAGUCAGGAGCUGGCGGAGAUGAUUAAACCUAAUUCAAAUCGAGUAUCCUUUAAACCCUCAGAGGAUCAAAUGGAGGGCUUUGUUGAUACCACAGAACAUAAUUUAAAGAAGACUGUUGUUGAUAAUGUUUGUGUUACUUCUCAGCCUCAUCUCUCAAGCCAGGUACCUCCAUUACCUCAACAAGGACGGAUAAUUUUGAAUAAAGAUGAAACAAUAUCAUCUAAUUCUGGAAAUAAGAAUUUAAAUAUUGUUAUAGGAAAUUCCUUUGUACCCAUAUGUGAAAACGAGGCCAAAAUGCUCAACAAUGAUAAACAAUUUACCAUAGUCUGUAAAAAUGAGCUGAGGAAAAAUACUCAGACAGCUAAAUGUAAUACAGAUUUCCACAGUAAUUCAGACUUGACUAAGCAAGUUAUUCAAACUCAUACUAAUUCUAGAGAAGCAUCAGAUACUGUAAUUGCAUCUAAUACUGCAAGUUUUAAUAGUGUCAGAUCAAAUCUGAAUAAUUUGAAUGGAAAAACUGAAGAAUUUUUAGAUUUCCAAACUCCCCAUAUUCCAUCUUCUCCAGAGCAAAUACUUGCAUUAAUAAACAAGGCACACAAUCAUAUGAGUAUAGUGCAAGCUACAGAAAUACAGAACAUUAACACAGCGCCCAGCAAUGUUGAAGAUGAUAGAGAUGAAGAAAGCAAAAUUUCUCAUAAUGGAGCUGAAACCAACUCUGUACCACUCAUGACAGUUGUAAAAGAUAAAGUGAAGAGAUGUUCUUUGGGAAUAUUUUUGCCCAGAUUGCCAAACAAGAGAAAUUGUAGUGUCACUGGUAUUAAUGACCUGAAGCAGAUUCAAGCAGACACAACUGAUUUAAAUCACUUAGAAAUUCAGCCAGUCUUCAGUAAGGAGCCAAGCAUUGAAUUUGUUGCAACUAAACUGACCUUAAGUCCAUCUCAGUAUAUAAAUGAGGAAAACUUUCCUAUAUAUCCUGGUGAGAUUAAUUCCUCAGAUUCUAUUACCAUAGAAACUGAGGAAAAGGCUUUGAUUGAGACAUAUCAAAAAGGGAUUCCACCAUCUGAAAAUAAAAUAAGAGAAACCUGCAGUAACCAAAAAAGAACCUGGGUACAAGAAGAUGAUGAUAUUCAGAAUGAGAAAAAAAUCAGGAAAAGUGAGAUUAGGUGUAGUGAUACUACACAAGAUCAGGAGAUUUUUGAUCACCAUGCUGAAGGGGAUAUAGAUAAAAAUGCUGACAGCCUGAGCAGAACCCCAUCUAGUUGCAGCAGUUCUCUGGAUUCGAUAAAGGCUGAUGGGACCUCUCUGGACUUCAGCACACAGCACAAUAGUCAAAUGGAAUCACAGUUUCUCAGAGACACUAUUUGUGAAGAGAGCUUGAAGGAGAAACUCAAAGAUGGGAAAAUUACAAUAAAGGAGUUCUUUAUACUUCUUCAGGUCCACAUUUUGAUACAGAAACCCCGACAGAGCAAUCUCCCAGCCAAAUUUACUAUAAACACACCACCUACUCUGGAAGACCUGAUGUUAAGUCAGUAUGUUUACCGACCCAAGAUACAGAUUUAUAGAGAAGAUUGUGAAGCUCUUUGCCAAAAGAUUGAAGAAUUAAAGCUUUCUGCAUUGAACCAGGAUAAAUUGUUGACUGACAUAAAUAGGAACCUGUGGGAAAAAAUGAGACACUGCUCUGAUGAAGAGCUGAAGGUCUUUGGAAUUUACCUGAACAAAAUAAAAUCACAUUUUACCAAGAUGACUAAAGUUUUUACUCACCAAGGAAAAGUGGCUCUCUAUACCAAGCUGGUACAGUCAGCUCAGAAUGAGAGGAAGAAACUUCAGAUAAGGAUAGAUGAGAUGGACAACAUACUUAAGAAGAUUGAGAACUGUCUCGCUGAAGUUGAAAUAGAAACUAAGAAUUUGGAUGAAGAGAAAGACAAUCCUAUGGAAGAAUGGGAUUCUGAAAUGAGAGCCGCAGAGAAAGAACUAGAACAGCUGAAAACUGAAGAAGAUGAGCUCCAAAGAAAUCUCUUAGAACUGGAAGUACAGAAAGAGCAGACCCUUGCUCAAAUAGACUUUGUACAAAAACAAACAGAUAGAACUGAAGAGCUAAUGGAUCAGUUGAGCUUGUCUGAGUGGGAAGCCAUUGAGUGGAGUGAUGAUCAAGCUGUAUUCACCUUUCUUUAUGACACAAUAGAACUUACUAUCACCUUUGGAGAGACAGUAGUUGAUCUCCUUUUCCUGGACAAGGCUUGUAGGAAGAUUGUUGACUUGAAUUUUCAAUCUCGGUUAGAUGAGGAUAAAGCUCCUCCUUCCUCCCUUUUAGUUCAUAAGCUUAUUUUCCAGUACAUUGAGGAAAAGGAAUCCUGGAAGAAAAAAUGUACAACACAGCAUCAAAUACCCAAGAUGCUUCAAGAAAUCUCAUUGGUAGUGAGCCAUUGUAGACUCCUUGGAGAGGAAAUUGAGUUUUUAAAGAGAUGGGGACCAAAUUAUAACCUAAUGAACAUAGAUGUGACUAAUACUGAAUUGAGGCUUUUAUUCUCCAGCUCUGCAGCAUUUGCAAAAUUUGAGAUAACUUUGCCUCUCUCAGUCCAUUUUCCAACUGUUCCAUUACGUUUCUCCAUUCAAAAGCACCUUGGAAACAUUGGCCAAGAUGAAAUCACUGCAAUUCUAUCUAAAGUGCCACUGAAGAACAACUACCUAAAGAAUGUAGUCAAGCAAAUUUACCAAGAUCUGCUUCAGGACUGCCAUUUCUAUCACUAGACCCAAUGGACUACAGUUACAACAGCCAAAAACAGUGUACUUCAUAACGAUAUUAUGUCAGAGUAUCCAUUGCUGUUUAAUCUUUGUCUUUAGGUCAUAGAAAGAAGCUUAGUAAAAUUCCUUCUGAUGAUGUUA